AUGUCAUAUGUCACUUGUGUCAAGUUGUGUUGCCUAUCAGUAAAUGUAAAUAUACGAAAAAAAACAACGAUUUUUAUUGGAAAUUGUAAGAUAAAUUAUUUGGUCGUUGACUCAUUAACUUUCGAUUUCGUGAAUGAAAUAAGUAGGUACAAAAGCUCGAAAAUGGUAGAUUUAUCGUCACCUAAGGCGCAAGAAAUAUACGCCCUCAUUAAGGAGAACAAAAUAGUUAUAUUCUCCAAAACGUACUGUCCAUAUUGCGAUCUAGCUAAAGAGUGCUUCGAUAAGAUCGGUGUACCAUAUUUAGCAGUUGAAUUGAAUAAAAGGGGCGACGGAAACGAAGUGCAGAGCAUCCUGAGCCAGAUGACCGGAGCCCGAACGGUGCCUAGAGUGUUUGUUAAGGAAAAAUGUAUCGGAGGAGGCACUGACGUGGAAUCUCUACUGCAUUCGGGGGAACUGGCCAAAAUUGUCGCUUAA